CCUACCCUACAUCCGUAUGAUAAAACGCUCCAAAACCCUCUUUCAGCUUCUCGUCGCCAUCAGCCACCACCACCGCCCACCCUCCAUUCCUCUCAGUUUGAUUGGUUGAAUUCUUGUAGUUAAACAAAAGAGGCCAAAUAAAAAAAAAAUGAUAAAGAGGAGAUUUUACAAGCUUGAUCACGGUGAUAGAGAUGCUCCCUCUGAAUCUUCGUCUUCAUCUGACUCUGAAUUGGAGGCAGAAGCCACUGCAGAAACAGAAGGCGAAGAGGAGGAAGAAGAAGAUGGAGAUAAUGAUGACAGAAUAGCAGAAGCAAGAGGGGGUCAAGCUGUGUCCUCUUCUUCAGGGUAUGAAAGUGAGGAUAGCUCUGCAAAUGAACUUAAUCUAGAUUCUUCAGGUUUACCAACAAGUGAGGACGAUGGGGGAUCUCGAAAUGAUGGAGAAAAUAUCCUGGAAAGUCAUCCAUCUGGUGAAGGCAAUGUGGAACAUCAUAAUUCUGUGCCUGAAGUUAGUGAUAUCCCAUCUGAUUUUGCAGAUCGUGUGGUAAAAUGUAAAUCUGUUUUUAAGUGUAAGCUGUGCCCCAGAAUUGUCUGCUUGACAGAGGAUAGCUUGAAGGCUCAUUUGAAAUCCAAGAGACAUGCUCGAUCUGAAAAGUUAUUGAGAGAAGGGAGGCUGAAGCUUAUGCUGGAUGAUGAUGGAAAAGCUAAUGCAGAGGUUGAUCCAGAGAAUAACUCUUCUGCUCAGAUUACACCUAAAACCCCAGGGGGAGCCAAACGGCGGCAUAUUCACAGCAAAAAUUUUAGGAAGAAAAAGGGAAAAGGUUCGAGCCUGGAUCAUGCAAGGCAAUGGGCAAAGAAUCCAGCCAAGAAGAGACUUAGAGAUGGCAAGUGAAACAUUGCAAUCAGAUGGCUUUCCUUCAAGAAAACAAAGCAGCUAAUGAAAGUAUAGCAUGUUGAUAUCAGAUCUGAGGCUUUUCUGCGCCCCCCAUUUUCAGCAGGUUGGCCCUUAGGGGGACGGGACUGGAGACAAGGGAUGCAGGAGGGCUGGGUCAAAGGCAAAGUUGCCUAUUUUGUGCUGUUAUCCUGCAAAUUCUCUGGGGAACAGUUUUUUUCCUUUUUUCUUCGUAUUUUGCAUUUACAUUAUCUAUCAGUAUGUCAACCGCAAGAUAUUUCAGACUGCCAAUUUGUCAAUGUACUGCUAAAUCUUAUUAUUAUUAUUUUUUGGUAAUGCUUCUAAUCUUUUCA